UAUUGAUAAUAUAAUAGGUUGUGAUUCCUUUUCACUUCAAUUUUCCUAUUUUGAUUUUUAAGCUUCUAAUUCCAUUACUUCAAAUAUAUAUACUCCAAAGUUGGGAUUUUCUUUUCUCUUUUUCCUUUUUCAAGUAAAGAAGGAAAUAGAAAUUUUCCGGGAAAAAGAAUCCAGCUACCAUGUCAACCAUUUCGAUUUACAGAACAGAAUUCUUGACUUUCUCUACCAAUGGAUCCAGACCCCGCCACAAAUUUCAAAGGCUUUCCCUUUCUCCACUUAUGAAAAUGGAUUCUAAAUCAACCGAAAAGGUUCCAAAGGAAGAAUCUUCUAUAAAGCUGCAAACGUCUUCAAUUCCUCAGCUUGAAAACCCGAGGCCGUCUAAUCUAAGGUUUGACCGUCUACAACCGUCGGAUCAGGAGCUGAACCAAGAUAGCAGAUUAGAAUUUGGAAAAUUCGUUGCAAGAGAGGCCGUUCUUGAUGAAGAAUUAUGGACAGCGGCAUGGCUUAGAGCUGAAACUCACUGGGAGGAUCGACCAGGUGAAAGAUACGUUGAUAACUUCAAAAGGAAAUUUGCUGAGCAGGAGUUCAAUGCCAUAAAAAGGCGAUACAGUGGGCAACAUGGGCAGACAUAUACAUGUGUUGUCACGGUUAGGAAGGAGGAGAGAAAUGUCAAGCGCACGGUGCUGAAAAGUGUGGUAGGAACCCUUGAUUUCAGCAUUCGGCAUUUGUUGCAUGGAGAGUCUUUUCCCGGGGAACGUGAAAAGCAUCUGUUCUGCAGCAUCAGCAGAACUAACCUGAAUAGAUAUAUUUAUGUUUCCAACCUAUGUGUAGCAAAAUCAGCCCGUCGACAAAGCAUUGCUAGCAAUAUGUUGUAUUUUGUUAUUGAAUCAGCGAGAUCAGAAGGUGUGAAACUGGUUUAUGUGCAUGUUCAUAGAAACAAUGAACCUGCUCUUGAACUGUACCAAAAGAUUGGUUUUGAGAUGGUUGAAAUGGCAAGCUCUCAGUUGUUAAAACAGCAGAUGUACUUGCUUUGUUAUAAGACAUAAAAUUCCUGUUGAAACACAAACCCAGGGGUUCCUUUUUUUUCUUUUUUUGAAUGAAAAAAGGAAACCCUUACAGCUUUUGUAAUCUUUAAGAGGAUUAUGAAUGAUUGAGAAUGGGGAAGGUUUAGGCCCCAAAAAUGUAAUCUCCUCCUUCUAAGGGGACUUUGUGUGUGUUGAUUUCCAAAUCGAAAAUUGUAAAUGCUAUGGGAUUAUUUUUCAUGCUUAUUCUUUGAUGUUAAAAAUACAGUGAAAUUAUGUAUGGUUAUAAAUUACCAGGAAAUACAUCAUUCAUUUUUGGCAACAUGGAUAUGGUUCUAGUUCUGAUUCAGAUUCAUUCCACACUCGUCCACAUAAAGACUUAAAAUUUAUUUUGUAUAUUGAAGUUGCAACAAUUAAAGGGAAAAAGAAAACAUACAUCCACAAGGGGUACAUAGCUAAAGCCAGGAAGGUUGUGAGAAACAGUGGAAUUUGAUGACUGAACAGCGCCUGAAGUCUUUCUGCACUUGGGUAUUGUCCUGAUGACAGUUGUUCAUAAGCAGAGGAGGUAACACUUGGAAUAGAGUAGCCCCUUUCUGGCCCGCCUCAGCCUGUUUAUCUGAUACACGCCUGAUCGCCUGUUCUUUUGUUUCUUGCUCUUGUCCUUUUCACUAAGGUAAAUACUAAAAUAGUAUAUACAUUAAGUCAUUGUUCCCUGUCAUAUGUACCAUGUGGUGUUCAUGACGCUUACCGUGUUUGGAGCGUGUAUUUUUUCGUAUCAUCUAUGCAGUGAAAUUUGACUA